AUGGACCCCUUCACAAAACUACCUCCUGAGCUCCUUGCAAAGAUCCUCGUCUAUACUGCAGAUUUCUCCGCGGUAGAGAGCAUUAUUUCCGCUUCGUCUCGAGUCAAUACUGUCUUUCGGGCUCAGCCUACCAUUGUACGCGAUCUGAUAUCGUUUGACCCGAUUACAAGCCUCCCGGAGAUCCAAAUUAUGUGCCACAAUAUUAGUCUAAUCCGGACACUUUCAGCUCAAUUUCCGAGCCUCGCCGACUAUCAACAGAGAUGCGAGAAUAACCCGCCUAUUAAGUAUACAGAAGAACUCGCAAGCUUUAUACUCCACCUAGUCGCACGAACACAACGGCUAGCCUGCGCCUGCCUUACCCUGAUUCAGCAAAACUUUGUCUCAGCUCUCAAUGAGAUUGAUGCUGGUGACAUCUCGGCUUCUAAUCGCGUACAGAUCGCCUGCGAGCCCUUUUCGUUCACAGAGGAAUACCGCGUAUACUCCUCCCUCUGGCACCUCCAGCAUUAUUCCUCCCUCCGUGAAGCAGCAACAGAGCGUUGGCACUGGGACGAAAUAUCAAUAAGUGGCUUAGAUAAGUACAAUAAGUGGAAUCGGACAGAUGUCCAGAGAGCUGAAAAAAUGUGGACUACUGCCGCGCUGCUUUCUGAUCUCGGCCUAAGUCCAAUAUACGGGCACUAUCCCUUCCAGCACCAGCAGAUAUAUCUAGCCCAGGACCCAGAGGGGGAAGAGUCCUCGCGGGCCGCCUGGACUUUCUUGAAUGCGACGCCGCUGCCAUUCUUCCAGUCAUUCGAUCUGCCCCCAGGACAGGAUAUGACUAGGUCCUCGCCAAUCUGGACUCCACCGUCGCCUCCGCCGGAAACCGAGGCAACAAAAGCCUGGUCCCUUGGGGCAGAGUCCCGUCAAAGGUUACCGACACAUCUGGGGAUUUUUAAGAUUGCAAGCUCAAUGGCCAGUAUUCAGCGCUUGCCAUCCUCUUACAGUUUUGUGGAUUUUAAGCAAUGGCGACGGCUGGGGGUGGUCGUCUGGGACGCGUGGCGCAUGUAUCGCAUUGGGCUGUUUGAAGGACUUCCUCGGAGUCCUGGCGAAGUAAUACCAACGCCGGAAGGGGGAUAUCUGACUGUGCUGCCUAGAGACCCGGAUGAAAGGGCACAGAUCCCAUCCGUUAAUUAUAAGUCGCGGUGGUUGGCACUUAUAGGAUAG